UAAAUUCAUAAAAUUUAUAUUAUAAGAAGUACAGUACCAUUAACAACCACAAACAACUGUUCCUUGACAGCCAGCCUAUCCACUUAAACGACGAAACGCAUCCAGACCGUGAAAUUUCUAUUCCCCUCUAAGAGCUUGAUCUUAUGGGCUCAAUUGGUUCCUCGCUGCGACCACAAAUUGCCAUCAACAUGUCUUCCAAGUCUGCCAAGUUCGUUGAGAACACCGUUGCCAGCAAUAAAGUGGUUAUUUUCAGCAAAACCUAUUGUCCCUACUGCCAAAUGGCAAAGGAGCCCUUCCAGAAGCUCAAUGUGCAGGCCACAGUCAUAGAGUUGGACGGAAAUCCAGACGGCGAUGAGAUCCAGUCCGUGCUGGGCGCGAUUACAGGUGGCAGGACGGUGCCACGAGUCUUUAUUGAUGGCAAAUUUAUUGGCGGCGGCACGGACAUUAAAAGGAUGUACGAUACGGGUGCUCUUCAAAAAUACUUUGCCUAAUCGGUGGUGCAAGACUAGAGACCAGGUGUAUACGUAUGCCUGGUGCGCGCUUUUAUGUACAAAAGUUAUUAUCAUGAUUAAAGUCCUUUAAAUCAACAAAUG